CCAGAAACUGAACCUAUGUUCCUUAGAUAAUAGAUUUGUAAUUUAACCACUACUUUUGGGAGCUCUACAUGGACAAAGGAAAUCCCGAAAACCCAUGUCAUAUUGUACUCCCGUACAGUCAGUUUGAAACUAGAAAUAAUGAACCCAAUUCCUCCAUGCGCCAGGUGUCAGUUGGUGAUGAAAUCGAUGAAACACAUGGGCGUUGCAGAGGUCCACUCAUGAUAGUUGACAUGAUCCCGAAAUCUGACCGUAACCACAUUGCAACCUCACUUGGCCUUGAGCUCCAAGAUGGAGAUCAAAAUGAUGAUAUCGGUUAUAUGAAAAAAAAGUUCUUGUCUGUUAUAUUGAAGAAGUUGGUGAUUAUGGAUUUGACCAUAUCAUUGUCAUCGGGGAACGCUACUGGACUCCUUUUUAUGGACUGCUUCGGCCGCGUGUUUGAUUUGGAUUCUAUGGGUAAUGUAUUAUGGUUACUUGGCGAUUACUCCAAAAGAGUGGAAAGAGUGACAAAAGGACUCAAGACUGGCCGGGGGUACCAUGGAUUCCGGUGGAAUUGUUAUUGAAACUAAGGAUU